AUGAAUAACUUUUCUUCCAUCAAAGGGUCCAUACAGGACCUAGAUGGUAUACCUAAGCAGAAAAAUGUGCCCGUAGAGGCGCAUACAUCUGCAACCGAUGAUAUGUCGAAAAACCACGUGGAUGGUUUGGGCAAGUCCCAUCAACCCCAACCAUCGGGGUCGGGCAACAAGCGAGACUUGGGGUUGGAUAGCCACUCUAAUCAGCACAAACGUGCUCGAAUUUGCGCACGGGUGGCUUCUGCUUCUGACUUUGAGUCAGAUUCAGGAUCAGAAUCUUCCCCCUCGAGCGAUGUAAGCUCGGACGAAUCUUACGUUGAGUCUGCUACGAAUCAACGUGGGGAUAAAGGGGUCGUUCCGUCAAAACCGGUAAUCAAUAAAACAGGAACAAUAGAGACUUUCGAUGAUUACGUCCCCUUCUCGUUAGCUGAUGCCAAAGACCCAUCAGAAUGGUGUCUCCCGCAUACUCUCUCUCGACAGACUCAGAGAAAUUUCUCUGUCUUCUGCCAGGAUUCCAAACUAGAAGAAAAUAUUCUAGAGGAUCUCCCUGUCCCUUCAGAGGAAUGUCUUCAGACACCUUCUCUGGAUCCAUAUCUGGACGACCUCUUUGAGGCUAAGGGAAAGUCGUUCGAGAAAAAGUUUGACCAAUCCCUUCAAUUUAUUCAAAAGCGGAUUCUGAAUUCCAUGGGGCCUCUAUGUCACCUGUGGCAUAACCUUGAUAAGAUCCGCAGAGGUGAAUCCCCCGCCGAUUUAGACAUCUUUGAGCUGUUGGAAUUGGUAGAGAAAACCACCUGUCUUAUCGGUCAGGCUAAUGUCUCCAUGAAUUACAACAGAAGGCUAAACAUUCUGGCUAAACUUUCUAAGGAUGUCAAGAAGGCUAAACGUCUCAUUCUCAAGCAUGACACAGCUUUGUCAGAGGCUAAGGGCAGACUCUUCGGAGAUGCCUUUUAUGACGUCAUGCUGAAGGAGGUAAAACGUAAGACCAAAGCCAAAUUGAUAUUUGAUGCUGAGAGACGUUCAGCUCGCAGACCUACUUUCAGACACCAAGGGCCCAGUCACCCUGAUAGACAGCCCUUUCAGAGAAUGCCCUCAGGAGGAAGACAAUCUACUGGGGGCACAUUCCACAUCAAGCCCUCCUUCAACAGAGGUUUCAGAGGCAACUCUUCCAGAGGCAGAGGAAGAGCCGGUCAGUCCGGUCGGAAUCGCAGACUCUCUUAUAUCAGUUGAGUGCUGUGGGUCUGGACUACAGCGGAGCUGGCCAGGAAGAGGAGGGCGCUCCACUGGAUGACUUGUGGCCACUGACCCCAUCUAGGGUUUUUUCCGUUUGAAGUUCAAAUUCAAUAGAUCUGUAUGAUCUGAUUAAAUGUUUUUCCUUUA